AUGGAAACCCAAGAAGGCGGUGCGCACAGCUCUGAAUCCGAUGCCCGCAAACUGGAAGGGAGAGGUGGGUUCGUAGCCCUGCCCUUCAUCAUAGCAAAUGAAAUGCUGGAGAAAGUUGCGGGAUUCGGGCUCAACACCAACAUGAUCAUGUACCUCACCAAGCAGUACCACCUGAGCAACGUCACCGCCGCAGCGACGCUCUUCGUGUGGGCUGCGGCGGCAAAUUUCGCGCCCAUUCCCGGCGCGCUCAUAGCCGACAUGUACACGGGCCGGUUCAUGGCCAUCUCGCUAGGCUCCAUCGCAUGCCUAACGGGGAUUGUUUUCCUAUGGCUGAGCGCCAUGAUACCCGGAGCACGGCCGCCGCCGUGCGGCGUCGGCCUUGCCGGGGAGCAGUGCGCGCCCCCGGGGCCGAGGCACCUUGCGUGGCUCAUCGCCGGCUUCACGUUCCUGUCCAUCGGCGCCGGCGGCAUCCGGCCGUGCUCCAUGGCCUUCGGCGCGGACCAGUUCUCCCGGCACCCCAAGGAGAGGAGGUCGAGGAUCCUGCAGGCCUACUUCAACGCCUACUACGCGUCCAUCGGGGUGGCCUUCACGGUCGCCGUCACCGUGAUCGUGUACGUGCAGGACAACGUCGGGUGGAAGGCCGGGUUCGCCGUCCCGAUGGGCCUCAUGAUGCUCUCCGCGGUGAGCUUCCUCCUGGGCUCCCGCCUCUACGUCAAGGAGAAGGGGUCCAAGCAGAUGUUCGCCGGGAUAGGCGCCGCCCUCGUGGCGGCGAUCAGGAACCACAGGGCGCAGCUGCCGGCGAAGACGGAGGACGGCGUGUACCAUCAUCUCAAGGACUGCAAGCUCACCGUCCCCACACACAAGUUGAGGUUCCUGAACAAGGCCUGCAUGAUCAGCAACACUGGGAACGAAGAAGGCAAUGGCGCGGCGGGCUCAGAGCGAGAUGGCAACGGUGGCGGCAGGAGGCUGUGCACGGUGGACCAGGUGGAGCAGCUCAAGUCGGCCGUCAGAAUCCUGCCGAUCUGGUCAUCCACCGUGUUCCUCGCGCAGGCCAUGAGCCAGAACUACGCCGUGCUGCAGGCCAACGAGAUGGACCGGCGCAUCGGCGUGGGACAGUUCCGCGUGCCGGGCUGCUCCCUCACCAUGUUCAACAUGGUGACCAUGUCGCUGUGGUCGGGCAGCUACGACAGGUGGAUCGCGCCGGCGCUGCGGCGGGUGACGGGCGACCCGCGGGGGCUCACCAUGAAGCAGCGCGUGGGCGUGGGCCUGCUGCUGGCGACGGCGGCGAUGGCCGUGUCCGGCGCGGUGGAGGGCGCGCGGCGCAGGCUGGCGCUGGCCGGCGGCGGCGGCGGCAUGUCGGCGUUCUGGCUGGUGCCGCAAUUCGCGCUCAUGGGGCUGGCGGAGGCGUUCGGCGUGAUCGGGGAGCUCGAGUUCUUCUACACGGAGCUGCCCAAGAGCAUGGCCAGCUUUAGCAUGGCGCUGCUCUACAUGGCCAUGGGGGUGGGCAACCUGGUCAACAGCCUGAUCGUCAAGGUGGUGGACGACGCGAGCAGGCGCGGGGGGAGGACGAGCUGGCUCUCCAGCGAUCUCAACGCGGGCCACUACGACUACUACUACUGGCUGCUCGCUUGUCUGGGCGCCGUCAACUUCGUCUACUUCCUCUGGUGUGCCUGGAAGUACGGCGAGGAGGGGAAGAACGUGGAGUGGGAGGAGGAGGGUGAAGGUGAGAGGGAACGGCCGAUGGCCUAG